AUGGCGGCGCUGCGGGCGCUGUGGCGGCUCCGCGGCCCCUCGGGGCUGAGGGCGGCGGGGACGCGGCUGGGCCCGGCCCCGGCUCGGUCGCGCCAAUGGCAGCCCGACAUGGAGUGGGCUCAGCAGUUCGCCGGGGCCAUCAUGUACCCGAGCAAGGCCACCGAAAAAUGGGUGCCGCCGCCCUGGAACGACAAGGACCCGGUGGCCCACAAGAAGGUGGCCAGCCUGACCAUCAACUUCGGGCCUCAGCACCCGGCUGCUCACGGCGUCCUGCGCCUGGUGAUGGAGCUCAGCGGGGAGACGGUGAAACGCUGCGACCCCCACGUGGGGCUGCUGCACCGGGGCACCGAGAAACUCAUCGAGUACAAAACGUACCUGCAGGCCCUGCCCUAUUUUGACCGUCUGGAUUACGUGUCCAUGAUGUGCAAUGAGCAGUGCUAUUCCCUGGCUGUGGAGAAGCUCCUCAACAUCCGCCCCCCACCCCGGGCUCAGUGGAUCCGAGUGCUGUUUGCCGAGAUCACUCGCCUGCUCAACCACAUCAUGGCCGUGACCACGCACGCGCUGGACAUCGGGGCCAUGACUCCUUUCUUCUGGAUGUUCGAGGAGAGGGAGAAGAUGUUCGAGUUCUACGAGCGCGUGUCUGGGGCGCGGAUGCACGCGGCCUACGUGCGGCCCGGGGGGGUGCACCAGGACCUGCCCCUGGGGCUCAUGGAUGACAUCUACGAGUUUGUGAAGAACUUUUCCAUCCGGAUCGACGAGGUGGAGGAGAUGCUGACCAACAACCGCAUCUGGAAGAACCGCACCGUGGACAUCGGCGUCAUCACGGCCGAGGAGGCGCUCAACUACGGCUUCAGCGGGGUGAUGCUGCGGGGCUCAGGUAUCCAGUGGGACCUGCGCAAGGCUCAGCCCUACGACGUCUACGACCAGGUGGAGUUCGACGUCCCCAUCGGCUCCCGUGGCGACUGCUACGACAGGUACCUGUGCCGGGUGGAGGAGAUGCGCCAAUCGCUGAGGAUCAUCCUGCAGUGCCUCAAUAAAAUGCCACCUGGCGAGAUCAAGGUGGACGACGCCAAGGUGUCACCCCCAAAACGCGCCGAGAUGAAGGUGACCUGUCCCCAAAUGUCACCAGGUGUCCCACGGGGAGGGUGGCACUCAGGGCAGGUGACACUCAGGGCAGGUGAUACCCAGCACAGAUUGUCCCUGCAGGCCGGCUUGGACAGGAUGUCCCAGGGGCACAUGCUGGCUGACGUGGUGGCCAUCAUCGGUACCCAGGACAUCGUUUUUGGGGAGGUGGAUCGAUGAGGGGGGGGCCCAUCCCCCCCCCGUGUGCUGCUCUGCUUUGGGGGUCCCCGCGCCCCCCACUCCCAGUUUGGGGGUCCCCCCCGUGCCCCACUCCCAGUUUGGGGGUCCCCCCGUGCCCCAUUUCAGGUCAAAUAAAGCCAAAAUCGGGUCCUGA